UCCGACUGUACGAAGAGCAGAAGUGUGUGGGAAUGUCAAUUGAAGGACUGCUUGGAUCGGUGUCUCGGUGUAUUUGGAGAUAUGACCAGGAUUAUUCCGAUCGACUUCACACUACUGUUACAUCGAAUAUACUUGUGGCGCUGGCCGGUGUGGCAAGUUGGAAGACAUGGGCUGGAGGGUCACCAAUUGAAUGUGCGAUUCCUGCAAUGUUUUCAGAAAGUGUUUCAGCGUACGCGGAAAACUAUUGUUGGUCCCAGGAUACGUAUUUUGUCGAGCCAACACAGGAUGUAUCCCUUUUGAAAAAAGAAGAGAGAUAUACACCGGAUCGACAGCUGUCUUAUUAUCAAUGGGUUCCAUUCUUUCUUCUACUGCAGGCUGCAUUUUUCAGAGCUCCAAGUUAUCUUUGGAAGUAUUUCUCAAAUCAUUCAGGAAUUCGAAUUCAUGAAGUGGUAGAAAAAGCGAAAGAUUCUGCAAAUGUUGAAGAAGAAGUUCGAGAGAAGAAUAUUCUAAUUUUAAAGAGACACUUGUCAAGUGCUCUCAGAUUCCAGGCUAAUAUGGAGAGAAAGAAAGUACAAGUACAUAAAACUGUAACUUUUCUCAAUUUUCAAUACUCUUCUGGUUUCAUUUCGUGGAUUUAUCUCUUCACCAAAGUGCUCUAUUUUUUGAAUGUAUUUGCUCAGUUGUACCUGAUGAAUUAUUUCCUGGGCACUAAUAGACAUCAUUGGUACGGAUUUGGAGUUGUUCAGGACAUUGUUCAAGGUGAACCAUGGGAGAGAAGUGGUUACUUUCCCAGAGCUGCUGUUUGCGAUUUUGAGGUCCGUCAAGUUGCCAAUAUUCAAAGAUAUUCGGUUCAGUGUGUUCUUGUGAUCAAUAUUUUCAAUGAGAAGAUUUUCGUUUUGUUGUGGUUUUGGUACGUGAUUCUUCUUCUUUCGUCGACUGUUUCACUUGUCCAAUGGUUCAUCGUUCUCGUUUUUCCAUGCUUUUCAAAAUGGUUCGUCAAACAGCAUCUGGCUCUCAGCACUCUUCAGAAUUUCAAUCAACGAAACAGUCGGCGUGAAGAUUCUGAUGUUUCUAAGUUUGUGACACAGUACCUGCAUAAAGAUGGUGUUUUUGUGCUUCGAAUGGUAUCAUCACAUGCUGGAAUCAUUUUCGCAACAGACUUGGUGCAGGCUUUAUAUGAAGCAUACGAUUUUCAAGAUAAAAAUAAAGACGUUCAAGGAAGCCCAGUCAGCGAUGAUCUACAGACAAUCAGCACUGGAGCAGAAUCUUCGAUUCGACAACGGAAGACUAGAAAAGGAAGUCGUAUAGAAUACAAGGCUGGAUUUCCAAUCAGUACAAGUUUGAUGCCUGAUAAAGAUGAUAUUGAGUCAAGCUCCACGUCUUCUGAAGAAGAUCAAAAGCGCGUCAGCAAUGUUAUCACUAAUAUCUAGUUCACGAUUAAAUUGUUCAAGGCAAUCCAGCUAACCUAAAUACGGGUUGAUCCUCACGAAAAACCAUUUUAAUAUUGAAUUUCACUUUGCGUUCCCAUUCACUUUGCUAUUGAACUUGUACAAAAAUAAAGAAUAUUAAUUGUUUUAAAAA